AUGCGAUUUGGUUAUGUCCCAGCAAUCAUUGUCUCAUCCCCUGACGCAGCUGAGAAGUUCCUCAAGAGUUAUGAUCAAGUUUUUUUUGCCUGUAGGCCUCGUCAUGAAGGUUCUUGGUACAUUGCUCAUGGGCUGAGAAACUCGACUUUUGGCCAAUAUGGUACAUUUUGGCGAAACAUGCGUAAGCUUUGCAUUUUAAGGUUGUUAAGUAACUACAAGAUCAAAUUGUUUCUCCCAAUGAGAAUGGGAGAGAUUGGGAGUUUAGUGAAAUCAUUAAAACAGGCUGCUUUUCACGGUGCUGCUGUCAAUCUUAGUGCAGCCAUUUCCUCCUUAGGUGCAAACAUGAAUUGCUUGAUGAUAUUUGGAAAAAUGGGUGUGGAUAAGGAUUUUGAUGACAGGGGGUUUAGGGAGGUCAUUGAAGAAGCAUUGCAUGUUGCAGCAAUGGCUAACCUCUGUGAUUACUUUCCCCAGCUUCGUGUGCCUGAUCUUCAGAGAUUUGCACGUUGGUUGAAAGCUCUGUCUAAGGUGUUCGAUAAUUUUCCAAAGAAAAUAAUUAAUCAGCAUCUUGAAUCCAAGAAGCACAAGCAAACCUACCAAUGA